GCCAUGCGGCGCCGCGCGGGCCUCGAGGGGGACGCGCAGAAGGCCGAGACCAAAGAGGACUUCGUUAAAGUUAGAAGGAGUGAUUUGGAAAGGCUGACAACUGAGGUUAUGCAAUUGCGGGAUUUCUUGCCCAAAAUAUUAAAUGGGGAUAUCUUGUGGACAUUCCAGAAACUGGAUGCUGUUGAAUCAAGCAUGGAGAAAAAGGAGGAGGAACUAGAGCAGUUAAAAAUGGAUUGUGAACACUUCAGAGCCCGCCUGGAAGCAGCCCAGGCAGAUUGCAUGAGAGAGAAAAAGGAGAAACUAGACCUCCGGCAGCACCUGCAUGAGGCUAAGCAGCAGCUCCUGCAGCAAGCAGAGUAUUGCACGGAGAUGGGUGCAGCGGUGUGCACCUUGCUGUGGGGUGUCUCUAGCAACGAGGAAGCUGUUAAAACCAUCCUAGGAGGAAGCAAAGCAGCAAAGUUUUUUACAAUCACUGCACAGACUAUGGAGAGCUUUGUGAAGUCAUUAAGUGAAGACAUGAAACAGCAGGAUUUGGAUUCUGAUGAAAAUCAGUUUGUGUUAGCUUUGGCAGGGAUUGUAACAAAUGUGGCUGCACUGGCAUGUGGCCGUGAGUUCCUGGUUACUUCCAGUCGUGAAUUAUUGGACACAAUGGUGCACCUCCUGGGAGACAUGAAGCCUGGACUCUGUACCAAAUUCAAAGUGCUAAUGCUAAUGUCCCUUUACAACGUGAGCAUCAACUUGAAAGGCUUGAAGUACAUCAGUGAAAGUCCAGGUUUUAUUCCUUUGCUGUGGUGGCUGUUGAAUGACCCGGAUACAGAAGUUUGCCUGCAUGUUCUGCGGCUCCUCCAGUCCGUGAUUCUGGAGCCAGAAGUAUUAGCCAAGUCAGCCUCUGAGAUGCGUGAUACUUUGCCAUUUCAGCGUAUCAUCGCACUGACAAAGAGCCGCAAUGCGGAUCUGCAAGCACUUGCAAAAGAACUACUUGAAGAUCUUAAAAUACUUGAGUAUGAAGCAUAGAAAAGCUCUAUGACACCAACUGCUUAUGUCUUUCCUGUGUUCCUAUGCUGCAAGAGCUAUUGGAAAUGAGUCUUGACUGAAAAAACCUCAGCCUAAGUUCCUCUGACAAAAUCCCUUUCUGCAAUUAGCUAACCCAAGGAAAAUAAUACUGAGGAAAAUGUGUUGGACUUUACCUGUCCAAAUAUAAUGUUAGGUGAUCUGGUAGAGAUGGGAAAGACUUAGUCUUUUUGAGCAGAAUUGUGUUGGUAAUGGGUUUCCAAAGUGAUACAGGUUAUGUUGUCUGUUUAUCACACAUAGGGAAUAGAGUAGUCAUCUCGUACACGGAUAAUACCUUGUUUAUUGCAGUGGUAAAUAAUCCUUUUGGUCCACCCUUAAGAAUUAUUGUACUGGAGGAAAACUUUGUUGCUUUUCCUAACUCCCGUGUCAGAAUGCAUCCCAAGUUCCAGUGUUACUGUUGUUAUUUCUCCUCUCUCGUUCCAUUUUAAUAAAAGAAAACACAUUCUA